AUGAUUCGGUUCCAAUGUGAGACGGCUGUGGCCCAGGUGGCCGCCGAGGUGAUGCUCUUCCACGACGCGCAGAAGACGUGGAUCAGCGCGCCGGGCGUGCCGACCAACCAGCCGUCGUGCGUCCAAAUUCUGCAGCACAACCAGCAGCAGACGUUCCGGAUAAUUGCCACCCGGCAGGAGGACGGCAGCCUGAUCAUGAACUGCCGGAUACAUCCGAGAUUCAAGUACCACGCCGCCAGGCCGAAUUUCCACCAGUGGCGCGACGACCUGAAGCAGGUGUACGGCCUGUGCUUCGCCUCGGACCAAGACGCGCAGGCCUUCCAGCAGCGGAUGGACUGGUCGAUCUCGGUGCUCCAACAGCUCCAGCAGCAGAUGACCAACGGCGAAUACCACUGCCCAGGCGCGGCCGGCGGAGGGAACAACUUGAUGAGCGAGCUGAUGCAGACGAUCAACCGGAAAAAGAAUGCGCAGGCCCAGCGAGAUUCGCAGGACAACAAGAGCAAUAUAUCGAAUGGUUCCGCCGAUUCUGGCACAUCCUCUUCUUCUGAAAUUCGGCCGCCGCCGCCCCCGGCGACAUCAGCGAGUAGUGCAGCGCCAGCCGUCAAGAAAUGGGAGCCGGUGAAGACAAACGGCAUCGUCAACGGCAUCGCCGCCGCAGCUCCGGAAAGCCCGAAAACGCACAGAAAAGCCCCGUCCGCCUCAUCUAUCAGCACACCGCAAGACGCAGCUGGGAAUACGGUAUCCCCCGAAUUCCUGGAGCGCUUCCGCGCCGACCUGAUGGCCGAGGUGAAGGAGGAGAUUGCGCGCGCCAAGCAGGAUAUCAUCGACGUCAUCCGCCAGGAGUUGCAGCGCAGA